AUGCUUCCUUCAUUUCUUCUCUCAUCCUUGAUGUGGCUUUCCACAGUCUCAGCUCUCCCCAACCCAAUUCUGGCGGAGCGUGCAGCCUGUGACUGCACCGGUACACGUGAUGGUGGUUCCAACUCCAAGGAAUACAUCUGCCGUGAUGCUCGACUUGGUCCUUUAAAAUUACCCAGAAAACUGCCUUUGAGCACCUUUGUCGAAAGCUACAAUCGUUUCGGGGGUCUGACACCAGCUCAGUUCCUGUUGACAUGGACCGAUGAGAAGGGAAGCUACAGAUACCCUCCACAGAAUGGUUUCCAACUUGAUGCUCAAGGCAAUGCAAUCAAUGGAAGCAUGAUUCUUCCUGUUGGAACAAUGGUAGACAGAUUUGGAAGCGAAUACGGAUCAUUCAUCUCUGCGGCUGCUGCUCCCUACUCACAGAGAGCUCUUCCUCCGUCAAAUCUGGCCACGAACCCCGAUACACCUGACUUCCCCUACAACUAUCACGUGUAUCGUGUGAUCAAGCCGCUUCCAGUAGUAGGAGGACCCAUUGCGCCGUGGUUCGGCCAGCCUGGUCUCGGAGCGCAGUUCUUCACUGGAGAGUUGGGAAAUGUCAAGUUCUUGCUGGAACAGAGCUACAUCCAAGCGGAGGAUCCCGAGACUCUUGUGCACAAGUCUGAUGGUUGCGCAUAA